ACGAGAUUGUAAUACCCACUUUGAUAAGUAUGAUUAAGUUUAGUUAUGUUGUUUCACUAAAGUUGGUAGUUUGAUCAAUGCGUGUUGCACCCUGAGGAUUCGCGAUGGCUGUUAUUGUUUUGUGGAUUAGUAUGAUCUUGGCUGCCAACUCGGUGCACUCGUACAUCUUACUGACAGCAAACCUGGAGGAUGUGCAGUCCAUAGCGAAGCAGAUGGUCGACUCCCCGCUCGGGGACCAGAUCCGGAAGAUCUGGCGCCGCGCCUCGCACCAGUUCAACCAGCAGAUGGCCAGGUCGAGGUUGCACCAGCGGGCGGAGGAGGAUAAGGACUAUAGUGCUGAAGAAAAUCCUGCUCAAAUGGACGAGAAUUCCGUACGAAAUGAAGAAGAUAUGCAAAAUCAGGAGGCUGCGGCUGACGACCGGAGCGGCGAGCCGCUCGUGGAGCGCCGGCAUGGCGACGACGUGGCCGAGCUGGCCAAGAACGCCAGCCGCUACCUGACCUCUAUGCAGGACAUGAUGAAGAACUUAUAGUUUGGGUUUUUUGAAUAAAG